AUGACUGAUUCCAAGCCUGGUUUGGAGACUCCGCCCGAUGCUCCGGCAGCUCCCCCUGCUAAGCAGUCGGUGCGCUCCUUCAAGAAAAAAUAUGCCAAGUUGAAAAUCAAAUUCACACAGCAAGAAACGGAAAGCGAGAGUCUGAUCCGCGAAGAGCUCCGCAUCGAGGAUCUCUCCAAGCGCAUUCAGGAACAGAAUGAUCAAUUGCUUGAAAUCCUGCUCGAGUUCAAUGACAGUCUCCAUGUCUCCCCUACUCUGCGAUUCGACUUGAAUAUGCCCGAAGACACCCCGUUCCUUCCGGCCCGGGAACAGGAGAUCGCGCCCUUGAUCAGUGACGCGACCCUCGCUAGGACAGCUUUAAAAGAAGCCAAAUCCGAGUUGGCCAACGGAAAUUUCUCAGCGAGUGCCUACCGGCAGGUGGAGGAGAGCAUCAAGCGGAACAAGGAGUUUGCCCCAGCCAUGCAGUACAGCAAUCUGGUCCAGAUUCCCCAUACCGCCGCCGGCGCUCCAAACCAAGAACAAGGCUCCAACGGUGUGAGACGUACGCUCGGAUAUCUCACGCCAGAACGCGAGACUGAGUACUAUCUGGCUCUGGACGCGAAGCUGGGCGACGAGGCAGCUGCAGCGCAACUCGAUCGCAUCCCAGACCCACCCACCUUCGCCGAGCGUGAGCGAGAAGCUCUUAUUCGAAAUCCGGCGUCGGUCUACAAUUGGCUGCGACGCAAUCAGCCUCAAACAUUGCAAGACCACGAGGUCGCGUCUGAGAAGUCUACAUCGCGGCCAUCGAAUGCGCGCACAUCCAAGCGGGCCCCGGCACAGCGCAAGGAGGAGGAGGUGUACGAUGAGGAUGGGAUGGAAGUGGAGCCUACGCCGAAAAACAAGCGCAAGCGUGAUGAUGAUACCGGGUACAGGCCUAAAGGUGGCAACAGCCGCUCAAAGAAAAAGAAGGACGAGCCCGCUGUCGCUGCCAAUCGUAGCGCAAAGAAAGCGUGA